AUGUUCCGCUUCAGCAAAACCCUCGACCCAAUUACCCUCUUUCACUCACCCUCCCUCGCCCCUUCCACCCGCGUCCUCAACAUCCUCAAACAAGCCUCCAUCACCGCGUCCGAAACCGCCACCGAAGACCAAGCCUCCGACCACUCCGCCCACGCGGCCCAGCAGCGCGGCGACUUUGAGCUCGAAGUCACCACCGCCCCGCCGACCACGGACCAGUUGCGCAGUAUCCUGGACUACAUCAGUCCCGUGGGUGCCGCGGGGCCGGGCUCGGAGGGAAAGGGAAAGGCGAGUUACGGGGUGGGUGAGUUGAUCAAGGGGGCGAGGGACGCCGAGGAUGCGAUCAAGAAGUUUAAGGAGGAUCAGGGGGCUUUUGUUAGGCCUGUGACGGUCGACUGGGUGAACGGACGGGCAGUCAUUGGAGACAACGAGUCGGAGAUCCUGCGCAUGGUCCGACAACUUCCCGAGAACUAG